UUACCUUUCUCCAGAACAGUCAUCUGCAGGCUCCACAUUCUCUACAAAAUAAAAAAGAAAUGCCUACAAGGAAUCCGGUAUGUUCCCGCCACCAAAACCAUUAAAAAAGGUGUAUGGUGCAAACUAACAUUUCUCAAAGUCCUUUCCACUAUCCACUGUUAUUAUAAAUGUGGAAUCAGGCCUUUCUGAUUCUUCAUACAUUCCAAAGACAAACAUAGUUAAUCUUUGGCAAGUUGCUCUGGUGCUCACAGUCUCUUGUACAAGCCACUGGCUUGUUUCAACUUCCCACAACUUAGGCGCAUUCUUUAGAUCUUGUUUCAGAUAAUUCAUAGUGCAAAAGCAAUUCGAUCAGGUUUUCUUUUUAGUUCCAACAAGUGGAAAGACUUUCUCUAGAAGAGAAUUUUCUUGUUUCCACUAUUUAAGAACCAGCCAAGUUGAGCUUAAAAUGAAGCAUUCUCGCGUCUCGUUACUUGUAUUUGGGAUUUCUUUCACUUGCCUCUUCCUUGGCAUCCAAGCUAGGUGGCAUUACCAUACAAAACACCACAAGCAUAGUCAUCUUCACAAAUCAUCAACCAUUUCAGAACCUCCAGCUCCUCCACCUGAACCUGCUUCUCAUCCAUCCGUGCCUGCUAAUCCAUCUGGUGGGAGUGGCAACUCUACUGGAGUUUUUGAUGUACGAAGUUUUGGGGCUAUUGGUGACGGCGUAACAGAUGAUACGGACGCGUUCAAGAUGGCAUGGGACGCAGCCUGCAACCAAGAUGAUUCUCCUGUCAUCCUUGUUCCUUAUGGUUUCCAAUUCAUGAUCCAAUCUACAAUUUUUACUGGUCCUUGUCAAGGUGGUCUUGUGUUUCAGGUUGAUGGGACUCUUAUGCCACCUGACGGACCUGAUUCUUGGCCACAUAACAACAGCAGGCGUCAAUGGCUUGUAUUUUACAGAAUAAACGAAAUGUCACUUCUAGGAGGUGGUGUAAUAGAUGGCAGAGGAGAGAAAUGGUGGGAUCUUCCUUGUAAACCCCACAAGGGAAUAAAUGGAACAACAAUGCCUGGACCAUGUGAUAGUCCAAUUGCCAUAAGGUUCUUCAUGAGCUCAAACCUAACCGUGCAAGGACUUAAAAUCAAGAAUAGCCCGCAGUUCAACUUCAGAUUUGACAACUGCAAGAAUGUUCAUGUAGAAUCAAUUCACAUUACUGCUCCUGCUUUAAGUCCCAACACAGAUGGAAUUCACAUAGAGAACACCAAUGGUGUGGAAAUAUAUAAUUCAGUGAUCUCUAAUGGCGAUGAUUGUGUAUCAAUCGGGUCAGGCUGUUAUGAUGUGGACAUAAGGAACAUUACAUGUGGACCGAGUCAUGGAAUCAGCAUCGGGAGUCUAGGAAAUCACAAUUCCCGAGCCUGUGUUUCCAAUAUCACAGUCAGGGAUUCGGUGAUUAGAGUCUCGGAUAAUGGAGUUAGGAUUAAGACAUGGCAAGGUGGAUCAGGAGCGGUAUCAGGAAUAACAUUCAGUAAUAUUCACAUGGACAAUGUCAGGAAUCCGAUAAUAAUUGACCAAUUCUACUGCCUCAGCAAGGGGUGCACCAACCAAACAUCUGCUCUUUCAGUAUCAGACAUUCUCUACGAAAACAUAAAAGGAACUUACAAUAUUCGAAGCCCACCAAUGCAUUUCGCCUGCAGUGACUCGGUACCAUGUACCAACUUAACACUGUCAGAUAUUGAGCUUCUUCCUGCUGAAGGAGAUUUAGUACUGGAUCCAUAUUGUUGGAAUGCAUAUGGGAAUUUCCGAACUCUAACUAUUCCUCCAGUUUCUUGCCUGAUGGAGGGCAUUCCUAGAUCCAACCUGAAUAAUAAAAUGGAUUAUUGUUGAGCUGCUAGAUUCAUAUGUAAAGUGAUUUCCAUAUUAUAUUUGCAUUUAUAUAAUUGAAAGAGAAACCAUGAAUGUGGUAUCAUGGUAACUCUAAGUAAUUAUGCGAUGAA